UCUCCAUCUGCGCUGACUUCAGAGGCGACACCAUGAGCAAGAUUAUUGUUUACGAGCAUGCCAACUUUGAGGGCAUGAGCAGAGAGUUCACCUCUUCUGUUUCUGAUUUAGUAAAUGAGAACCUUAAUGACUGCAUCUCCUCUCUGAAGGUGAUCGGGGAUCCAUGGGUGGCGUACUCAGACAGCAAUUUCAGCGGGUCUCAGUUUGUCUAUGAGGAGGGCGAUUAUGCCACCGUGGAGUGCAAUGACGGCUUUUCUUCACUAGAGGUGGUGACGGAGGACCUGAUGAACCCUCAGAUCACACUUUAUGAAGAUGAUAACUACAGAGGAAGGUCCAUCGUUCUCACCACUGAGACCAACCUGGCGUUUGGCUCUUUCCACGACAUGGCAUCUUCUCACAAGGUGCAGAGAGGAGCGUGGGUCCUUUAUGAAGACAGUGACAGAGGUGGAGCUCAGAUGGUGGCCAGGGCUUCUCGUGAUGUUCCUGUAUAUGACUGGUUCAAUGACAAAGUGUCUCAUGUGCGCCCUCUGAAGCCUGGCAGAUCCAUCAUAAAAUCAGAGGUCCUCUGGGACAAGAAAGAAGAACGUGUCAAAUCAGUUAUGAUCGACUCCAUAUGCGGUCUGAACUAUGGAGAACACGAGCAAAGCUUCUCCACUGAGCUGUACAGAGAGUACACAGGCUCCAUCACUGACACCUUCAGCUUUAGCAGUUCUACACAGAUCACCUGGGGAACAUCCUUUAGUGUAGAUGUAGGAUUCAUAAAGGCACAGCAGAAUUUCUCCUUCAGUAAUACCCUCAAUGUGCAGAGAGGCAGCAGCAACACCAGAACCGAGAGGAAGAGUAUCCGAAUCUCCCUGCCCACCAAAAUAGCUCCCCACACCAAGCUCACUGUGAAUGUGUUGAGGAAAGAAGUGGAUGUAAAGGUUCCGGUCAAGCUGACCAUCAGGACAGGUUCUCACCUCAGCGUGGAGUUUGGAGAGUACAGGUGCGAAUCUGGCCACUCCAUCACCGCCGAGUACAAGGAGGAAAAAAUCUAGUACACAGUGAAAUAUUAUUGGUGCUGGACCCUUUACACUGUCGCAGUGGAUCUCAAGAGUAUCAAGACAUCCAGCUGAGGACCAGUGUGGUUCCCCAUCUCUUCUCAAAGUAUCCUCCAGACUUUAAUGUCCCUAAAUGGUCUCAGCAGAGCAAUCAUAUUUCUCAUGUGAAUUGUGUUUUACAGCAAAAAUCAAAUUAAAUAAAAAAUGAAAUAUUAGUUU